CUCUAAGCAAAGUUCUUCUUUCCCUCAAUUGUUAGUGUUAAAGUACCAUUUCUCUUCAAUGUGAACCCAAACAAAGUGUUGAGGUGGAAUUUCACCAGAAAAAACCUUCCCCCUUGCCAUAAUUUAUAUGCUGCACUCCCUGUUGUUGACAACGAAGUUCAUUCUGUCUUUUGUCCACCGUUGACAACAUCACCAACAACAAUAACUUUUUCUUUGAAUCAUUUUAUCAAACACCAUUCAUUUUCCAUCACAGUCUUUAUCUUUUCACCCAAAUUUUCAACAUAGUUUCCUACUUUCCUCGUACAAUAGACUAUGCUGCAACUUCAACACAAGCUCCUAGCCUUGACCCUGUUCUUGUUGUGGUCAUGGAGGAGCUUUCACGGUGCACUGGGUGACCCUCAAACGCGGUUAAUCAACAAGGGUUGCAGCCAAUACAACGCCACCACCUUGUCCACCUUCAACCAAAAUCUGAACGGGACUCUUGCGGAUUUGAAAUCGCAGGUGAGUAAUCAAAGCAAGCGUUUUGCGACGGCGCAGGAAGCAAGGGGAACGGACCCUGUUUAUGCUAUGUUUCAAUGCCGGGAUUAUCUCUCUGCAGCUGACUGCGCCGCCUGCUUCACCGUCGCCGCCGCUCAAAUCAGGAAUUGCUCAGCCGGUGCCAAUGGGGCCCGUGUCAUCUAUGAUGGUUGCUUCCUUAGGUACGAGAGCAAUGGCUUCUUCGAUCAAACCACUCUACCCGGCAACAGUAUGAUUUGCGGAAAUGAGACUGCAAAUGGAGCCUCUACUUUCACUGCAACUGCACAGCAAGUGCUACAGGAUCUACAAACAGUAACACCAAAAAUCACUGGUUUCUUUGCAGCUACCAAGACACCAGUGGCUGGUGGUGCAAUCUAUGCCAUUGCACAAUGUGCUGACACUGUCACAGAGAGUGGUUGUUUGGAUUGCUUGACAGUAGGAUUCAACAACAUACAGAGUUGUCUUCCCAAUUCAGAUGGGAGGGCAUUUGAUGCAGGGUGUUUUAUGAGAUACUCUGAGACAUCCUUCUUUGCUGAUAACCAGACCAUUGAUAUCACACCCUUCUUAAAACAAGGCGGUUCAAGCAAGAAGGGGGCUAUUAUUGGUGGUAUUGUUGGAGGUGUAGGUCUUGUUGUAAUCCUUCUUGCACUAUUUGUCUGGCUUAGAAGGUACAAGAAACCCAAUAGGCAUCCUAGAGGUGACAUAUUGGGAGCAACUGAGCUGAAAGGUCCAGUUACCUACAGGUACAAAGAUUUGAAGUCUGCAACAAAAAACUUUAGCAAUGACAAUAAACUAGGAGAAGGAGGUUUUGGAGAUGUAUAUAAGGGCACUCUAAAAAAUGGUAAAGUAGUUGCAGUCAAGAAAUUGCUAUUAGGCCAAUCCAGCAAGAUGGAUGAACAAUUUGAAAGCGAAGUGAAGCUUAUAAGUAAUGUUCAUCAUAGGAAUCUAGUUCGACUUCUUGGAUGUUGCACAAACGGCCCAGAGAGAAUCCUUGUAUAUGAAUACAUGGCCAACAACAGUCUUGACAGAUUCUUAUUUGGUGAAAGGAAGGGUUCUCUCAACUGGAAACAAAGGUAUGACAUAAUUUUAGGCACUGCAAGGGGUCUGUCCUAUCUACAUGAGGAUUUCCAUGUUUGCAUCAUACAUAGAGAUAUAAAGACCAACAAUAUCCUCUUGGAUGAUGAUUUUCAGCCUAGAAUUGCUGACUUUGGGUUGGCAAGGCUUCUACCAGAAGACCGAUCUCAUCUCAGCACAAAAUUUGCAGGAACAUUGGGAUAUACAGCUCCUGAGUAUGCACUCCAUGGUCAGUUAUCAGAGAAGGCUGAUACCUACAGCUUUGGUGUUGUAGUCCUAGAAAUCAUAAGUGGCCAAAAGAGCAGCGAAUUGAGGGAUGAUGCUGAUGGUGAAUUCCUCCUUCAAAGGGCAUGGAAACUGUAUGAGGUUGAGAGGCACUUGGAGCUAGUUGACAAGACAUUGAACUCUGAGGACUAUGAUGGUGAAGAAGUGAAAAGAAUCAUAGAGAUUGCUUUAUUAUGCACUCAAGCUUCAGCUUCUGCAAGGCCAACAAUGUCUGAAAUUGUAGUCCUUCUCAAAAGCAAGAACUUAUUGGUGCACAUGAAGCCAGCCAUGCCUGUCUUUGUCGAAUCAAACUUCAGGCCCCGGACAGACACAUCUACCUCAACUGGUUCCUCUACAUCUAAAUCUAAUGCUACUGUUUCCACUUCUGUACUAUCAGCUCGAUGAAUAUAUUGAGGAGAAAUAAAGGAUUUGAAGUUCUAAAAAAAAGAGCAUUUCUUCCAUUAUCCCUCAAAUAUGAAAGUAUAGUGUGAAAUAAUGAUUACUUGAUGGUUAUUUCAUUGAAUAGAAUCGAUGGUUUUUUCAUAACCAAGCACAUAAAAUA